AUGGGGUCACUCAGUCCACCCAAAGGGUCACCUACUCCAUUGAGUCCAUCUAAUGGGUCAUUGAGUCCAUCCAAAGGGUCACUCAGUCCAUCCAAAGGGCCAUCUACUCCAUUGAGUCCUUCUAAUGGGUCAUUGAGUCCAUCCAAAGGGUCACUCAGUCCACCCAAAGGGUCACCUACUCCAUUGAGUCCAUCUAAUGGGUCAUUGAGUCCAUCCAAAGGGUCACUCAGUCCAUCCAAAGGGCCAUCUACUCCAUUGAGUCCUUCUAAUGGGUCAUUGAGUCCAUCCAAAGGGUCACUCAGUCCACCCAAAGGGCCAUCUACUCCAUUGAGUCCAUCCAAAGGGUCAUUGAGUCCUUCUAAAAGACAAUCUAUUCCACUGAGUCCAUCCAAAGGGUCAUCUACCCCAUUGAGUCCUUCUAAUGGGUCAUCCAAUCCACCCAAAGGGUCACCUACUCCAUUGAGUCCAUCCAAAGGGUCAUUGAGUCCUUCUAAAAGACAAUCUAUUCCAUUGAGUCCAUCCAAAGAACCAUCUAGUCCAUCCAAAGGGCCAUCUACUCCAUUAAGUCCAUUCAAAGGGUCAUUGAGUCCUUCUAAAAGACAAUCUAUUCCAUUGAGUCCAUCCAAAGAACCAUCUAGUCCAUCCAAAGGGCCAUCUACUCCAUUAAGUCCAUCCAAAGGGUCAUUGAGUCCUUCUAAAAGACAAUCUAUUCCAUUGAGUCCAUCCAAAGAACCAUCUAGUCCAUCCAAAGGGCCAUCUACUCCAUUAAGUCCAUUCAAAGGGUCAUUGAGUCCAUCCAAAUGGUCAUCUACUCAUCUUGAGUCCUUCCAAAGUCCAUUGAGUCUAUCUAAUGGGUAAACAAGUCAAUCUAAAAGGUCGUCCAAUCUAUCCAAAGAGUCACCUACUUCAUCUAAUCCAUCAAAUGGGUCAUUGAGUCCAUCCAAAAGGCCGUCUAGUCC